GAUAGAAAAAAAAAUCCCAGUUUUAAAGCCUUUUGCAUUGUCUUUAGAGAAAAAGAACUUUGCUUUUGCCUUCUCUUUAAUUCUUUGGUAGGUUUCUUGAUGAUGAUCCCAUUGUUCACCAAAAAAAAAAAAAAUCCCAUAUUGUUUGAGAGCAUAAAAGGAUAGAGGCGAGAAAUAUUCCUGUGAAGACGCUCUGGUUUAGGCUUACUCUGCUCUACACUCGAGAUCGUUAAGAACUCAAGAGGUCCUGCUUAAUUAAAGCUUUUGAGAUGAGUAUGGGUGGAAAGGAAGGCCAUGCAAUCGGGAUUGAUCUUGGGACAACAUAUUCAUGUGUGGCAGUGUGGAAACACGACCGCGUGGAAGUCAUAGUGAAUGAGCAGGGCAACAGAAUGACUCCAUCUUAUGUUGCUUUCACUGAUACCGAACGAAUGAUUGGUGAUGCAGCAUAUAACCAAAUCAUCAGAAACCCUGCAAACUCAAUCUUUGAUGCAAAAAGGUUAAUCGGUAGAAGAUUCAGUGAUGCAUUUGUUCAGAGUGAUAUGAAGCUCUGGCCAUUCAAGGUCAUUGAAGGUCCUGCUGACAAGCCCAUGAUUGUGGUUACCCAAAAGGGUGAGGAGAAACAGUUUGCGGCUGAACAAAUCUCAUCCAUGGUUCUUGGAAAGAUGCGGGAGAUUGCUGAGGCCUAUCUAGGCUCAACUGUGAGGAAUGCAGUUAUCACUGUCCCUGCUUACUUUAAUGACUCACAGCGUCAGGCUACUAACACUGCUGCUGUCACUGCUGGCCUAAAGGUGAUGCGCCUUAUCAACGAACCAACUGCUGCAGCUAUUGCUUAUGGGAUUGACAAUAAAGUUGGUUGGUAUUGCAAGAGAAACGUGAUGAUAUUUGAUUUAGGUGGUGGUACUAUAGAUGUCUCACUGCUUGCUAUAAGUUAUGGUGUCUUUGAAGUGAAGGCUACGGCUGGAGACACCCAUCUAGGAGGCGAGGACUUCAGUAACAAAAUGGUCGAUUACUGUGUUGAACAGUUCAAGAAGAAGCAUAAUGUGGAUGUUAGUGGAAACUCCAGAGCUCUUAGGAGGUUAAGAAAUGAAUGUGAGAAGGCAAAGAGGAGGCUUUCGUUUACAACUACUACUGACAUCGAAAUUGAUUGUUUGCAUCAUGAUAAUGAUUUCUAUAUAACUAUUACCCGCGCGAAAUUUGAACAACUCAACAUGGAGUUCUUCGAUAAUUGUAUGGAUCCUGUGAAGAAGUGUUUGAGAGAUGCUAAUAUGGACAUAAGCAGUGUCGAUGAUGUUGUUCUUGCUGGUGGCUCUUCUAGAAUUCCCAAGGUGCAGCAGCUAUUACAGAACCUGUUUCAGGGGAAGGAACUGUGCAAGGGCAUUAAUCCAGAUGAGGCUGUUGCAUAUGGUGCCGCUCUUCAAGCUGCCAGUUUAAGUGGAAAGAUCUUUUCCCUUCAAAAUUUCACUCUCUUGGAUGUCACCCCCCUGUCACUUGGGGUGGAAACUAUAGCGCCAAGUACUGGUGAUCGACAUUUCAUGACCGUUGUGAUCCCAAGAAACACAAGGACUCCAGUCAUGAAGCACAGAGUUUUAAAGACUGCUUGUGACAACCAAGAAGUUAUCUGCUUCAGCAUUUAUGAGGGUGAGAGUGAAAGAACUUUAAAUAAUAACUUUCUGGGCGAAUUUGAGAUCGAUGGUAUUCCUCCAGGUCCAAAAGGUGUUUACAAAUUUGAUGUUCAUUUUGAUAUUGAUGCAAAUGGUAUCUUGAGUGUGCGUGCCGAGGACAGGUUGUCUGGGCGGAAGAGAGGGAUUACAAUCAAUCGUGAAAGAACUCUGGAAAUUGAGAAGAUGAAAAGAGAUGGUAAUCUUUUAUUCUUACUAUGACUGAAGAUGACACCUAUUCUUAAGUGAUUAUGAUCUACAGGUUUAGCUAUAUUUGAACAUUAUUUUACUUUGUCCGUUAAGCCGAAGUCUCUUUUAUGUGCCUGUUCUGUUAUUUGAGGAUGAAAUGAAGUUUUAAAGGAGUGAUGGAAUGGUGUCCACAGGCACUCCUUUUUCUGGCUGUAAUAUUUUACCGUUAUGGUGACUUGCUCAUUGUUGUGCUAACAUGACUAGUCUGGUUUGGUUUUUGUU